CAUUCCAGAAUCAAAUAAAAAACUGGGACGACUUCUGCAAAUCCAGGACCGGCCCUGGAAAAUAGGAAUACUUGGUGGGUCUGUGGUGUAGAGACCACUGGAGGAAGAAGGCAGCCAUCUUGCAUCACCGGCAUUCCCAGUGAUAUCAAUGCCUUUUGAAUUGGGUGGAAGCAACUGCAAAGCGUCAGACUGAAAAGAAAAACAGGUUGUAACAGGUGAGGACUGACAGAUGGUGAAGGUAAUCAAUAGCACAGAACUGUAGUUUCAGUUUACAUUGAAAUGUAAGUUGACUUUGAUUAAGUAAAGAAAACAGUGUGGGCUGGGCUGUGUACUUUCUGUCAGGAGCUGCACAAAAGAUGAGGAAGUUUUUGCUCUCCAGAGACACAAGUGUUUACCUACCAGAUGUAGCUGAGCAACCUGAAAGCUCUCUGUAUUUACAAGGAUCAGGAAUUCAGGUGGACUGAGAGCCAGGCUGAGGGAAGUCUCAAAAGCAGCUGACAGUGGACCAUGACCCCCUUCCUCCUGUUUCACCAAGAAGGAGGAUGAAACUAGCCGGCAACUUCCCUCUGCCCCUACUCUAUGCUGACCAGCAAUGGAAAUCAACAGAACACGAUCCCCAGUACAAAGGUGGGAAAAAGCUCAAACUGGAAGGCAAAGAGUUGUUGUCAGUGCCUCGCCAGAUCUUUGCACUGCAAGGAUUGCGAGUCCUGGAGAUGACUCCGGAACGAGAGAGCUGCCUGAGGUACAGGAUGGAUCUUGUCCCUCGUGAGAUUGGCCACUUGCAAAACCUGGCCUUCCUCUACCUGGACUCCAACAACCUGAAAGAGGUCCCUGCUGAGAUAGGUUCCUUAGGCAAGCUGGAGAGACUCACCCUCAGCAACAACAGCAUAGCCUCUCUGCCUGAGGAAAUAGGAGGCCUCCAGAAACUUCAUAGUCUCCAUUUGGCAAACAACAGCCUGGCAGAGCUCCCUGCACCUGUUUGUCAGCUGAGGAACCUGGUCUUCUUAGAUGCUACCGAUAACCACAUCAGCACGAUCCCUGACGCCAUUCAGCAGCUGCAGAAACUGGAAACAUUGCUGCUGCUUUUCAAUUCUCUCAGGCAUCUGCCAAUGGGAGUCUGUUCCUUAAAGGCCUUGAAGACGCUCUGGCUAGGACAGAACAACCUCAAGGCUCUCCCAUCAAACUUUGGUCAGCUGGUAAACUUGGACUGGGGUUCAAAUUACUGUUCCUGCAGCUUUGAAGGGAAUCCAUUGGUGCAACCACCUCCUGAAGUGUGCAGUGGAGGACCUGUUGUGAUCAGGGAGUAUUUUGCCUCUUUAAGGGGAUAGAAAUCUAUGUGUAGGGUAAGUAGAGCUGAGAGAGAGAAGUUAAAAUUUACAGGGAAGCAUAUCUGAUUUGCACUUCCUCUAACAACACUUGGCAGCCAUCAUUCGGAAUUCACACUUCUCCAGAUAAUGCAUAUGAGAUAUAUAUAUAUAUAUAUAUAUUAUGGAUUUGAGUAUGCAUAGAAAUGCACACAUUCAUGAAAAUGACAUCCAAAAAUGCAUUAUACGAGGAAAUGCAUUAUAUUGGGUGAAAUUGCUUUGCAAAAAAAAUGUGCAUAUUGGGGAAAAUUGCAUACAAAUGUGUACUUUAGAAGAAAUGAAUAUUAAAAUGCUGGUGUGUUUUCAUGUUGAAGUUCCUAAAUCCACCUUUUGAUGAUCUCAUCCUGUGGAGGGCAGGAUCUAUGCUAGGCAAUCAGGCUCUGAUAACACCAGGAUCCUAUCUCUGCUGGAUAGAUGUUUCUCAAUUUCACGUGGUUCAUUGCAAUGUGUCCUAUGCAUUGGCUCUGAAUUUGCAUUGCAUAUGUUCUAAUUAUGGAUGUAUUUUUUUAAUAUUUUAAUUACAUUGUUUUAUUGUGUGUUUUAAUUAUGGAUGUUUAUAUCUUGAGGCUUGUAUAAUUGGUUUUUAUUGUUGCAAACGACCUAAGGAGCAACCCCUUAGCAAGAUCCACCAGGAGGAGCCGGUUAGGAUCCAGAUGAUCUCUUGCUGAGCUGAGAGGUCCAUGGUGCAGCUGGGCUAUGCUGGCUUAAAUCCUGCAUCCUUGCAGCCAUACAGCAUGCAGCUGGCUGAGCCAAACCUGGCUGAUCUGAAACUGGUGUAAGCCCUGAGAAGAGGGUAUUCUGGUAGGGUUGCCAUGUGGCCUCUUUUUCCAGGACACACCCUCUUUUUCAGGGGCAAAA